UACUUGUGAAUGUUGUGAUAAUUUUUUUUUGUGAAAAGUGAGUAUGAUAUUAGAAAACUAGUCAUAUGUAGUGACUUAGUGAGUCAAAUUUAAGUAAAAUGAUAGUGUAACGUUAGCAAAGAGCAAUAAAAUAGAAAGAAAUUGAUGAAACUGUCUAAAAUAAGAAGUAGAGAUAAUGUCAAUUAAUGGACAAAGUAUUAGUUUGAAUCUUAUGAGAAAAUUGGCUAAUAAAGAUUUGCUACUUUGCAAGGGCUUGGGGAGUGAGCUUAGAAUUUAAAUUCCAACCAGAUUAACAUAACUUUUUUUUUUUUACAAGCAGAUUAAUAUAACUUUGAACCUUAAUUUUAAUUUAAUUAUUAUCAUGAGUCAAGAUUCAUAUUCAAACUUAUUAAACACAUCUUUAGGGUUUCAAAUAUCAAAUCUGAUAAAUUAAAUAAGACGAGAUUACAUUAUUCCACACUCGUGAAAGUGAGUCAACUCAUGACCAACCCACACUAUUAAAACUUAAACCUAUUUUGGUCAAUUUGUUUAAGAAAUGCUCCAAUUCCUUCUUCCUCCUUUAAAGUCUUAAACCCUCUCUAAACCUCAACAUAAGAAAUGCAUGAAGAAGUUCUUCUUCAACACUCCCAACAUUCACUCUCUCACCUCCAUUAAGCACCUCAUAGCUCAAAACCUUCAUCCUCAAGCUCUCAAAAACUCUCUUUCUCUCUCUUCUCCUUUAUUCACUGACCAAAUUUAUGCCCUUUUCCUCAAAUCCGGCCAUGUCCUCGACACCUUCCUUGCCACCUCUCUUAUCACCCAUUUCUCAAAAUCCGGCGACUUUUCUCGCUCCAAUGGCUUCCUUCUCGACGCACAUGGCGUCGACACCGUCGCUUUCAACGCUCUGCUUUCGGGGUAUGCGCAAUUUCAUCAAUCUUUGUCCUCUUUUGCUUUAUACAAUAAAUUGACAUGUUAUGGACUUAGCCCAGAUAAGUAUACUUUGAGUUCAUUGAUUAAAUCAUGUGAUAAUUUAGAGAAAAUUAGGGUUUCCCAUGUAAUUUGUAUUAAAUUUGGGUUUAAUUUAAGUGGGUUUGUGGUUAGUGGACUAAUUCAUAAGUAUGGGAAAUGUGGGUUUGUUGAAUCAGCUGAGAAGUGUUUUGAGGAGUGUUUGGAUUUGGAUUCUGUUGUUUGGUCUGCCAUGAUUAAUGGGUAUGUUUGGAAUGGUGAAUUUGAGAAUGGUAGGGAGAUUUUUAAGGCGAUGCGAGGGUUAGGGUUGGAAUUGAAUGAGUUUAAUUUGACUGCUGUAGUCGGGGCAUUGAGGGAGGUUAGGGAUGGUGAGCAGAUUCAUGGGUUUGCUCUUAAAACUGGGUUAGUUUUUGGUGGUUCGCUUCAUUUGAGUAAUGUGGUGAUGAAUAUGUAUUCGAGGUGUGGGCGGAGACUUGAUGCACUUAAGGUGUUCGACGAAAUUCCUAAUCCGGAUGUUGUGUCAUGGACUGCAAGGAUUGGGGCUUCGUUUGAUGGGGCUGAAGCUCUGAAGGCUUUUAAAUUUAUGAGGUUGAAUAAUGUGGAUGUGAAUGAGCUUACUGUUGUUAAUGUAUUAUCAGCAAUUGAGGACCCUAGGCUGUUGAUUGCUGGGAGGCAAGUUCACUCACUUUGCCACAAGGCUGGGUAUUUGACAAUUUUAUCUGUUGGUAAUGCUCUUAUUUCUAUGUACGGGAAGUGUAGAGUGAUGGAUGAUGCUAGGCUUAUUUUUGAUGAAUUGGCUUUCCGUGAUUCAAUAUCUUGGAAUUCUUUGAUUGGGGGGUAUUCUGAGAAUGGAUCACUCAGUCUAGUGCUACGCGUAUUCCAUCAAAUGCGUGAUCUUGGUUUUCUACCUGAUCAGUACACUCUUGCUAGUAUUCUUGGAGCGGUGACAAGCCCUCAUUUUGCUGAUCUUGUGUUGCAAAUCCAUUCCCACAUCAUAAAAUCUGGAUUUUUGUCUGAUGAGUCAAUGGUUUCUUGCUUGAUAUCUUCAUAUGGCAAAUGCUCUUGCCUGGACCAUGCAAAGAGGGUAUUAUCUGCAACACAAGAAGUUAAUGUUGGGCAUCUCCAAGUAUUGACUGCUGCUGCAGUCACUGCAGGUUGCCCUGCUGAUGCCAUGGAAUGCUUCAAAACUGCAAUGAGCUUGUGGUCUGAUAUUGAUGGUACUACUAUAAGUAUAGUAUUUAAAGCUUGUAGUUCUUUGACAAAUCUUGGACAAGGAAAGGCUAUUCAUUGCCUGGCUUUGAAAGCUGGGCUUGGAAGUGAUAGGUUUGUUGAGACUGCUGUUAUUGAUUUUUACUGCAAGUGUGGCAGCAUUGCUGAUGCACAAAACAUAUUUAUGGAUAUAUCUAGUCAUAACCUGGCUGCAUGGAAUGCUAUGAUUACGGGAUUUGCUCAGCAUGGUUGUUACGAUGAAGUCCUUUCCCUGUUUGAAAGAAUGACUGAAUUAGGUAUCAUGCCCGAUGAGAUAACAUAUCUUGGCAUUCUUCAAUCAUGCUGUCAUGCCGGGCUUGUGAACGAAGCUAACAUUCAUCUAGAUUCCAUGUUUGAGCUUCAUGGAUUGGUCCCGUGUCUAGAACACUAUGCUACUAUGAUUGACUUACUAGGCCGUGUUGGCCUUGUAAAAGAAGCAAAGCUAGUCAUUGACGAAAUGCCCAUAAGCCCCGAUGCUCAAGUGUGGCAGAGUCUGCUGUCAGCAUGUCAUAAUUCUGGUAAUCUGGAUGUUGGAAAAGUUGCAGCGACGGAACUUCUUAAGUUGCAGCCUGAAAAUGAUUCUGCAUACAUUCUCCUGUCAAAUCUUUAUGCCAGAGCACAUGAUUGGGAUGCUGUGAGAAGACUCAGAAGGGAAAUGAAAGAUAAGUUCAUAUACAAGGAACCUGGUUAUAGUUGGGUCGAAGCUGGAGGAUCUGUGUACCACUUUCUGGCUGAGGAUACUUCUCAUCCGGAGAAUGAAAACAUCUACUUUUAUUUACAAAGUAUUGCCCAGCAAAUGCUUCCUCUAUCAGAAGUGACCGAAGAUUUCCCUGUCUGUGAGGAUGGUUGGUGACUUGUCAAGUAUUUGAGGGUAUACUAUUGUUCUGUAUAUAAUUUAUUCUCGUGUGAUAUAUGAAAUGCCCUUAAGGUGCAGAGUAGCCGAUUACAUUCAUUGUUUUGAAACAUGGAUCUUGAUUAUGCUAAUGGGAAAAAAGAAUAGUAUACUCUGAAUCAGGCUAGUAUGGCAUGAACCAUUCCUGCAUUAUUUGGUGCUUGACUGCUCCCACUCAAGGCUCUCCCAUCCCCUCCCCCUUUCCUCCGUUUCUCUUCUUUGUUUCAAUGAUUAUUGAAUUCCUGAGCUAGUCACGGAUAUCACAUGAAAGUAUUUAUUGCUGCUUGAAAGUCAAUGAAACAGGGAUAUUUGCUUGACUCUAUAAUAUAUCAUUGAUAUGUCUUCUACUUCGAUAAUUCUUUGGUUUUCAUAUGGGGUUUUGGAAACAACCAUUCUGGCAGUCUGGACUAGUUAGAGAAGUGAUGCUUACCAGUGAAGCUCUUUAAACUCUGCCAGAAGUAUAAGUAUUGUUUAUCGUUUGUUAAUAUUUGGUCUAUGUAUAUACUCUGCUCACACAAGUAAGGCUUACUCUUGGGCAGCCAUUCAGCCAUAGUAUUUUGUAUUGAUAGUUUGGGUUUUGUUAUUUGCUAAUCCAGUGAGGAUAAACCAAAUUACCAAUUGAUUGAAACAACAACUAUUGUACUAGUGUAAUACAUACUUCUUUUACUCUCUUUUAGCGAAGUGUAGUGGUGAUUGGGCCACUGGGGUUCUAUCACUUGUCAAUACUACGCCAUUCUGUUAAUCCAGUGCCUCCAACAAGGUUCAUUCUUAUUUAAUGCUAAUCUGUCCUUUCUUUUCUCAAUGCAUUAAGGUUGCUUGAUUUGGUUGCUCAGUUAGCCUGUAAACCACUUUCAAUUUAUGGAACAGAUUAAAAAGGUACGUCGGGGGAAGAGGACAGGAGAAUUUCUUAGUGCAGUACAUAAAUACAGAGUAACAAUCAAUGAAUGUUCUGGGCUGCAUGCAUCAAGAUUUAAUAUUAGAAAGUACGGAGUAGUUAGUACAUGGCCUACGUACAUAAAUUACUAGCUAUACCUAAUUAGUUCUACAUUCUACAGGACUUAUAAUGCUGUCAAUGGGAAGCUCAAGCAGCUUUGAGGACCACAUUUUAGAAUUUUUUACUUUUGUUUUAUUAAUAUUAAUAUUUUUUUUGUAAGUUUCAGACAUGGACGAGAUAACCUUACUUUGAUGGUAAAAUAAAUUUUUUCUACAUCUUAGCUGUCAUUCAGAUAUGAAGAUCUCUCGAAAGGAUAAGAUUGUCAUCUUGCCCUAUCAAAGAUAUGUCUCUACUUUCUAUCUCAUUUCUGGCCAUAAUUACUAUGCUGCAUUCCAUUUUCCAUGUAAAUACUAGUAACAGGGACACUAGAAAUGGCGGAGUUAUUUUUUGGCUGGGACAAUUUACUUUUGAUACUUUAUAUUCUCAGUUGAUUUUUAUGUACUAGAAGCUACUAGGUUUUGAUCAAAUACUGAUGUUGAUUGGAUGAAAUGCUUAAUGUUGAUACAUAAUACAUGAUUAGGACUUUCAUCUAAAAAUACAUGGCCUUUGAAAGUAUUCUUGUCAGUCCUUUAACCAAAUUGAGUUCUAGUGUAAUCAACCCAUGGUUUUCGAUAUGGCACCAAAUAGGCAAAUGUAGUGAAAUGUAUUGGCUUAGAGUAAAUAUCAGCUUCUUGAAUAUAUUCUGUGUUAUGAUUUUCCAAUUUCCAAGAAGGGAUGUUGUUCAUAAGCCAAUCGAAAAGAUAAAUAAAUUGAAGGCAUUGUGGCAAUUGAAAGUUACCAUUGCUAUAGAAAUACUUUGAUUACUUAAUUCACUAUGCCUCUCAAGCACAUGAAAAUUCAUCAGCCAUCAUAUUAGUCAUAUUUAUAUUCUUUUGCUCAAACAUUGCUCAUUAUCUCAAGUGCAAGCAAAUGAUCAUCAUGGUGGAUGUUCUGAUGUGCAUUUGCCCAGCUCUAAAAAAGAAAGAAAAGAAAAAUGCAAUUUGCAUCAAACUCUAAACAAAUCCAAUUUGCACUGAGCUCAGUACAACUGUGUCAUUAAUUUUGUUGUAAACUUUGGUUUGGUCUACUGAUAUGUAUAUUAGAUGGUUGGCAUGGUUCAAAAACUAAAGUGGUGCACAAAGAAAAAAAACAAAGCAGCACAGGAAAAUAAAUUGACUAAUUGAUAGAUUAAGUAAUGAAUCUCCUAUUUGAAGAAAUAAUUUCUGUUACAUGGUCAAGGAUGACAUAUAUGUAUAACUAGUGAUAGUAUGAUACCAUUUAAUUUCCUUUUUCUCUCACUCUUCUAAAUUGUGAUGAUGGUUUUUAUAGGAGUGUGAGGAUGCUUUGGAAAGAACUUGUAGAAUGGAGUGGAAAGCUUUUGCUGCUAUGAUUGCCUUUAUAUGGCCUCUCCUUUGCAGGGGCUUUCUUUCACGGAAUCUUUCAGCAAUGACUGCUAAUGUUGAAGUGCCAUUGAUCUUGUUGCUCAUUAUAGAAAGUUUGAGUUCAAGAGGCUUUGGACAACACAUGCAGAAUGGAUUGGAAAGCUUUAGCUGCUAUGACUGCCUUGAUUUGCCCUCUCCUCGGUAAAGGCCGUCUUCCAUCGAAACUUUCAGCAACAGCAGAGACAGAUGAUGUAUCAGUAAUGCUCAUGAUUGAAAUUAUCAGGUCUGAAGUCCAAUUUGCCAGGCUAUAGCAAAGAUUAUAACUGAGUUGGUCUAUGCUGAGAAACGAGCAGAUUGCAUUUGAUAAUUAUCUGAUAUAGUGACCAUCACAAUGAAAAAGAAACUAAACAGUGAUAUCUUACCGUUGAUGUAUGGUAUGGAUAGCAAUACUUGUGGGCAAAAAUACAAGACUCAGCUUCAGGGGAUAUGAUAUAGUGGUAAGAUCUCUUUUCUCUUUAAUAAUACUCCGUAAAUAGUCUUCAUUCUUCAGGGGUGUGUGUGUGUGUGUGUUGUGGGGGUGGGAGUGUUAUGGUUAGGAGACUAUCCCAAAUCCUCAAUCCAAUUCUAUGUUAGGAAGUGUUACAAUGUUAUAGAAAAUUGGAAAUAGUACACAUGAUUAUUAUUUCCGUAUAAAGCUUUUAUGACAUGCCUACAUUACACUUGAUUCAGGCCAAAAAAAAAAAAAAAAAAAAAAAAAAAAAAAAAAAAAAAAA